GGAUGUCUGUAUAUCAUGAUAGGUUAUCAGCUACCUCCCCUGUUUAGAAUAAAAUAAACGGCGUUCUACCUCCUCCCGGUAAUCCGCCAUCAUCCUCUGCUUCUCUGAAAAUCCAUUAUUUGCUCCUUCUUGCGGAGCAAAAAAGAUCGGGUCCAACAAGACUGUUCCCUCGCUGCAGCCUCAGAGAGGGCGAUUGGCCGCGUUAGAGCGUUUCCAUGUUUUGCAGGCGUCCUCCGAUGCGUCGGGUGGUCUUGUGAACCUCUAAGAUGUGGCUAUCAAGAAGCUCAAGGAGCUAAUCAUGAAGAACCUAGAGGCCGACGGUGAAGACAAAAACCAGCUUGAAAUACAAAUGAACAGACAGCAGUUGUUUGGAAAGACAGUUUCAGAUGGAUAACCCUGAAAGUGCUGAAGAAGUAGCCAAUUUAUUUGUGAUGGUUAAAAGUAGAAGGCAAGCUUAUGAUGGGCGUCGAAAUGCUAUAACGCAUCGUGUGUGAUGUCUUUGCUAUGGGCUUCAGUUGAACAUAUCAAACUCAAUUUAAUUCUUUAAAUUUAUUUACCCUUUGACCAUUACCGAGUAAUCAUAGCCUGUGUCUAUUAAGUAUCAUCUUGCAGCUAGCACUGGGUGGAUAUGAAGGCCGCUUAUAUGUUGAGAUGGACUUCAUUUACAAAGAUUCUCCCGAGAGAGAGAGAGAGUCAUCUUUCCAGAUCCCUAUUCUUCUAUAUCUUGAUUGUGGGCUAAGCUUUCAGAAACUUAGCGUAGUUCGCAGCCAUGAAAAAGCUCCUGACAAAAUCUUUCCUCAGUUAUUCGAUAGAACUGAUAGAGGAGGAAAUGGAGUCCAUACGCAAGCUUAAUGCUUUUCUCAAGGCCGCCAACGAGGAGAGUAUAUCAACCCAGCAAGAUGUGGCGCGCGACCGCAUCGACAGACACAUCGUGGAGGUUGUCAAGACCUCCUUACGCUUCAGAGGGCGCCUCGAAGAAAUGGACCGCCCCAGCGAGGCCAAUCGCCGUCUCCCCGGCUGCAACGAGGGAACAGCCGCUGAUCGGAUCAGAACUUUCCUGAGAAAUAUGCUCUGCAGGAAGCUCAAGGAGCUAAUGAUGGAUUUUCAGAGGGCAAGGCAGAGCAUAAUAGCGAGUUUCAUGAUGAAGGUACCUUCUAAAGAGGUUUUGAAGAAGAUGUUUUCCGAAGAGAUGAGCGAGGAGAUACUGAGGACUGCCAUCUAUUCAAGUGGACAGGAUAGGCACGAUGCGGUAAAGUAUGCGAAAAACAGUCUACUUGAAUUCUACCAAUUAUUCUUGGACGCAGUGGUGCUAGUUGAUUCACUGGGUGAGAAGAUGAAUGAUAAAGAAUAUCAUGGCUCGAACGCCGCUAACUAUAACAUCAAGGGCGGGACUAAGAAGCUCAACUCUUCUUAGAUAUGCCAAAUUGAGCAGCCGCAAAUGGUUCUGCAUCGCCAGCAUUCUUCUACUUGUCCUUGUGCAGCUCGUUGUUAUUCCAAUUACUACCAGCCUGAGCAAGUCAUGAGUAGCUUGCUUUUUUUAAUUUUCAUCCUUUUGCUAAUGCCUAUUAAACUUCUCCCUUGUUCUGUUUUGCUGCUGUUUGAGUCCUUCUAGUUCUUUUUGAAUCUCCUGUUUGGAGGUCCUUUUUUCAUUGUUCUCUUUUAUUUCCUGGUUUUUGGUGUUCUUCAGACCAACGCUAUGUUUAGCUUUUUUUUUUUUCCCGGUUACUGUUAACCUUUUUUUCACUUGGUAAUAGUCUUUUUCAUAUAUGAUAUGGGC